AUGGACCAGUGGAAGAAAUUCACCAGCAAUGUUGGACCUCAGUUCCAAAACAUUGGCAAGACCUUUGGCAACCUAAACCAGCAGGCUCGGGAGCGCUUUGGUGCCGUCGACCAGGAGGACAUCACCGAGCUGCCCCAGGAGUACAAGGACUUGGAACGCCGCGUCGAUGCGCUCAAGUCGGCUCACACUGGCCUCAUCAAGGUCGCCAAGGUCUACGAGACCGAAAGCUACGACUACCCUACCCAGCUUCAGGAGAGCAUCACCCAGCUCUCGGCGAGCGUAGGCCACAGUGUUACCUCAUGGGCUGCGAGCGCAACCCGCGGCACCAACCUGCCCAAGGUGUCGCCCACCGCUCGUCCUGAAAAGGUCAACAAGACGCUCCACCACGCCCUUUCGCGCGCUGCUGCCAGCGGUGCGCUCCAGCUCGGAGCCGACCCUUCCAACUUGUCCGGCCUCCCCAAUCUCGACACCGCACAGGCCCCCGGCUCCGAGACGCCGCUCAGGGACGAAUCAAAGCUCGGCGAGGCACUCCAGAAGUUUGCCAUUGCAGAGGACCGACUCGGCAAUGCUCGCUUGACACAGGACGACCAGAUUACCCAGGGCUUCAACGUGCCCUUCAGCUCGUUUGGCGCCCAGAUCCAGCUCGCUAUGAAGGCACGCCAGAGCGUCACGGAUGCGCGUCUCCACCUCGACAGCUGGAAGCAGUCGCUCAAGUCGGCUGAGAACGCUGGUGCUGCGGCCAAGCUCGAACAGUACAGAAACGAGGUGGAGCAGGCCGAAGACAAGCUGGUAGCGGCUACCGAGGAGGCGAUCAGCUUGAUGAAGCAGGUGCUUGAGAACCCGGAGCCUAUCAAGAGUCUCAGUGCAUUCAUCAAGGCUCAAGCCGAAUACCACGCUGCUGCUGCCGAGCUCCUCUCGAGCGUUCAGCAGGAGUUGGCGCAGCUCGCGACUUCGGUCGAGAGCGACUACCGUCUCUCGCGUGGCUAA